ACAGUGUGGUGAGGAGCCUCUUUGUCCUCUUUCUCCUCUCUCCUCUCCUCUCCCCCUCCAUCGCAUUAGGGAUCGCGCUAUCCCUUCCGCUGGGGCGCUGGCGCCAUGAAUCGCAGGCGCGUCGCUCCAGAUUUUGGAUACAAUGCAGGGGUGCGCCGCGAAUCCCAUCCAGAUUUGGGCAAGGCAAUGCGGUGGAUGAUCUUCAAGGCGAUCGAUCUAGCUCCAUUGGGAGAGGCGGCGAGGAUUUGAAGCAUCUGGAUCGCGUAUUAUGCAAGCAUCGAGCUCCGGCGCCGCGAAAUAUCACUGUGGAUAGGCAGAGUAGCUCAGGAUAGGGAUUUCGGGCGUCCGGCAUCAUGCCUCCCAGUAGAAGAAGCUCAUCGGCGUCCCUCCUCCAGCAGCGCGGCAAGGGAGGCACGGGCAAGCACGGCGGCACCCACAUUCUAGCUACAUUGUUUGCGCUCCUCGUCACAGCUCCACUCGUCUUCCUGGCAGUGCGUUUCAGCAGCUUUGGCUCAGCUUUGAACGCCAAGGAUUUUUUCGAUCAAAGCCAUGGUGCUGAGAGUGCUCGCAAGCUGACGGGACAAGAUCAUCAAAUGGAGAGCUUUCUUCCCGAGGAGGUUCUGAGCGUCAUUCUGGCCAAUUCAGACGACCCAGAUCGGAUACUGAGGCUCAAAGCUGUAAAGGAUACACCGUCUUCUUUAGUACAAGAGCAUGAUGACCAGCAGCUUAAGUUUGAGAACGAUAGUCUUCAGGAAGGACAGGAAGGAGAGAUUACAAACGGGACACCCUCUGUUACUUCCGAUUCGUUCAACUCGUCGGAAACGGGUCAAGGAAAGAGCGGAUUGCUUCUACAAGAUGUGCAUUACCGGGAGCAGCCGCCAGAGCAUAUCAAACUACGCAGGGAAAAGGAGCGACUGCUGCAGCUCACCAAGCACGAUGAGAAAGAGAACGCGCAACUAGAGGCCGAAGCCAUCGAGCGAACUAAAGCUGUGUCGAGGAACAUCAUGGGGAAGUACAGCAUUUGGAGGCGCGAAGACAACGAGAACUCGGACAACCUUGUUCGGCUGAUGCGAGAGCAACUGAUUAUGGCCAGAGUGUAUGCAAGCAUUGCUCAGUCUCGCAACAACUUGAGGCUCCUUCGGGAUUUGAAACUGCGGAUAAGGGAGACCACACGUGCGUUGGGAGACGCUAAUCUGGAUUCUGAUCUCUCUCGUAGUGCACACGAGAGGAUCAGAACCAUGGGGCAGACAUUGACGCAAGCUCGCAGUGAACUAUAUGACUGCGGACUGAUUGUAAGGAAGUUGCGUGCUACGUUACAGUCUUCCCAGGAGUACGCCCAAACAUUGAAGAAGCAAAGCACGUUUCUCAGUCAGCUCGCGGCUAAGACCAUUCCAAAGGCUCUCCAUUGCCUUUCGCUUCGCCUAAACGUGGAGUACUACACACUUCCUCCCGAGAAGCGCGAAUUCCCAUCACAAGAAAAGCUCGACGAUCCAACGCUCUUUCACUACUCACUUUUCUCCGACAACAUUCUUGCGGCAUCGGUGGUAGUUAGCUCCACAGUACGGCAUGCACAGGAACCGCAUAAGCAUGUCAUUCACGUUGUCACGGACAGGCUCAACUACGGCGCCAUGCGCAUGUGGUUUCUCGCCAAUCCGCCUGGGAAGGCCACCAUUGAAGUCCAAAACAUUGACGACUUCAAGUGGCUCAACUCAUCCUACUGCCCGGUUCUUCGACAGCUAGAAUCCGCUGCCAUGAAGGACUACUACUUCAAGCCCGAUCAUCCAACGUCCGUUUCCUCGGGGUCAUCCAAUCUCAAGUACAGGAAUCCAAAGUACCUCUCCAUGCUCAACCACCUGCGCUUCUACUUGCCGCAAAUCUAUCCCAAGCUGGACAAGAUACUCUUCCUGGACGAUGACAUCGUUGUCCAGAAGGACCUCACCGGCCUGUGGAGCAUAGACCUGCAAGGCAAAGUGAACGGUGCUGUCGAGACCUGCGGCGCCAGCUUCCAUCGCUUCGACAAGUACUUGAACUUCUCCAACCCGCACAUCGCCAGGAACUUCAACCCGGACGCGUGUGGCUGGGCGUACGGGAUGAACGUCUUCGAUCUCAAAGAGUGGAAGCGGCGCGACAUAACGGGGAUCUACCACAAGUGGCAGAACAUGAACGAGGACAGGCUGCUGUGGAAGCUCGGAACGCUACCCCCUGGCCUCAUCACCUUCUACAACUUGACGCAUCCAUUGGACAAGUCGUGGCACGUCCUGGGAUUGGGCUACAAUCCAAGCAUCGACAAAGCGGACAUGGAUGCAGCCGCGGUGGUGCAUUACAACGGCAAUCUCAAGCCAUGGCUGGACAUUGGGCUUUCGAGAUACAAGUCGUACUGGACGAGGUACGUGAGCUACGAUCACCCAUACCUGCAGCAGUGUAACAUCAACCAUUGAGCUUGCGGGGCGGGCAUACACCACACUUUCCAAGCGUGCAUAUUGGAAGUGAAUAUUGGAUUUUUUUUUUUUUUCUACUUGGCAAAGGUAUGGUUCCCUUUGUUUCUUCAUAUCCAUUCGAUUCUCUUGCGGGAAAAGCAAAAAAAGAAGCUAACUGUACAGCUCUGCGCGUCGAGAAAACGAUGCCACCUUGCUUUAAUUUGGAAGCUCUGCUCUCUCUUUUAUCCUCGUAGAAGAUGUUUGUGAACUGCAAAAAGAGUGACAAGUGCAUAUGAUAGAUCACAGUGAGAUUAUUUGUCAUGCUCCCCAUCUAUAACUGAUUAAUCACAUGAUAAUGAAAACAGUA